GGGAGUGGACGGCGCUGUAGGCGCUCCUCAGCCCAUCUGCACCUGUAACUGCGCGUUUCUCGUAGAAGUGCGGACGCUGAUUCAGAAGGUGACACUCUGUCGGUGCAUCAUGGCUUACCCGGGAUACGGAGGAGGGUUCGGAAAUUUUAGUGGUCAGAUGCCAGGAAUGCAGGUGCAAAUGGGACAGCCAGUGCCAGGUCCAGGUCCAAGCAUGCUCCUGAGCGGCUCCUCUGGAUUCCCAGCAUGUGCAGACAGUUAUUCAUCUGCCGAUGACUCCAUGUGGACUUACUUCACGGCUGUGGCUGGACAGGAUGGUGAAGUGGAUGCUGAGGAACUUCAGAGAUGUUUGACACAGUCUGGAAUCAGUGGAACUUAUUCUCCCUUCAGUUUGGAAACCUGCAGAAUUAUGAUUGCCAUGUUGGAUAAAGAUUACACAGGAAAAAUGGGAUUUAAUGAAUUUAAAGAACUUUGGGCAGCUCUUAAUGCCUGGAAGCAACACUUCAUGACUAUUGACGGAGAUCGAAGUGGCACAGUAGAGCAUCAUGAAUUGAGUCAAGCCAUUGCAGCUAUGGGUUAUAAGUUAAGUCCUCAAACAUUAACUGCCAUUGUUAAGCGCUAUAGCAAGAACGGCAGAAUCUUCUUUGAUGAUUAUGUUGCUUGCUGUGUGAAGCUUCGAGCGUUGACAGAUUUCUUUAGGAGAAGAGACCACUUGCUGCAAGGGUUUGUGAAUUUUAUUUAUGAUGAUAUCUUCCUGGGAACUUUGGUCAUAAGAGGUCUGUGAAGCAGGAGUUUGCAUGAUCAAGUAUGUUUGGGAAACUCUCAUUUCUUCUUGGAGCUUGAUAAUAUAUAUUAGCAUAUGAAAGCCUAAGGUAAAUAAAAACCAUUUUACCUUUGACCUGUUUUUUCCCAAACUUUUUCUUGACCACAAAACUUCUAUCUCUAGCAGAACUAACAUUCCUUGCUGAUCCAGCUUAAUUGCCAGGUAGCUACUAACUUUUUUGCAGUUUACAUCAAAUGGACAAUCUUUUAAAGCAAUGAUUUUACCAGUAUUUUGAAACUGAAAUACAGUUUGCUUUUUUGAUGUUUUUAAAAUAUGGAUGCAAACACACAUCUAAUUUUACUAAGGUAAAGAGUCUAUAGUUUUAUGAAGAACAUGACUGGAAUAUGAAUAUAGUGUAGUAGUUUGUACUGGUUAACUCAUGCUCCAGUUUUCUUAUGAUGUAAAUUAUGGAAUAAGGUACACUCUUAAUGUAUAAGUGCUUUUAUUUAUACGGUAAACAAGUUUCCAUGUCAUUUUGAGAAUUUUUAAAUAAACAUUCAAAUAGCUUGCUGUAAAGUUUUAUAUUAUACAAAAUUUGUUACAUGUAUAUUAUGAGAUGCUUCAGUUCAAAUAACAGUGCAGUAAUUCACCUAAGUCUAAAAAAACUGCCAGAUGAUUAAAUUGUCAGGUAUUGCACUUCUAUUUCAAGUGGCAGUUUAUACAUUUUAAAUUACAUCAAGAGGAAAUCAAUACAAUGGGCAAUUGUAAUUUGGUCCUUUAUAAAUGUAAGUUCAAGGACUGUACUCUUUUUGUCUAUUUAAGCAUGCUUUCAGGAAAAAAAAGUAACCAAAAAGAUAUAGUCAAGUUAUAUGUUUAUUUUCAGAAAAGGCAUUUAUGUUGGAAGAAAGUAGAAUUUAUUAAUGUAUUUUAAAGUCUCUGCAAUUAAAAAAAUAAAAAAUCUGUUUGUGAUUAUUUCUUUAAGUAAAAUAUACAAAUCAAGUUCACUGUAAUCUGUAUGGUAUUACUAAACUGGACAAACAUAAUAAAUACUAUUUGUCAGAAA